AUUAAUAAAUUAAUAAAUUAAUUUUGGGUUUGUUCUCUGCCCGAUUAUAUCUUCUUCAGUAAGAACGAGGAACAAGAUAGUGAAAUUGCUGGAUAAAAUACAGAAAUAUGGGAGGCAAGGCUUCCUCUAAAUCAAAGUCGAGAGGCGAGAAAAUUUCAUCCAAGAAGAAGAGUAGUAGAAGAAAGGAAUCAAAGAAGCGUAGCCGAAGUUAUGAUUCAGUUUCCGAUGAUGACUCGUUGUACUUGGAACAUAGAUCCUCCGCUUUGAAAACUGAUCAUAGGAGAAGGCUAACUAAAACUAGCAAGCGUCAUCGUCAUGACUCUCCCUUUUCAGAUUCGGAUUUGGAUUCAGAUUCAUCAUACACUGAUGUCAGUGAUUACAAGACGAGGAGGUCCCGAAGGUCACGAGUUGUCUUAAAAGAUGUAAAAAGAAAACACCGCAAGAGAUAUAUCAGCACCACUGGUGAUGUAGAUACAACAAGUGGACGAAAAAGGAAAAGAUCGGGUAAAGAUCAUGUCAGUAAGCCAAUAAAGAAAUCCUCAACGAAGAAUUCAAGAAAAGUUGCGAGCAGUUCUUCAGGCUCAGAUUCGGAAAGCUGCUCAUUGUCGCAAAGUAGAAGUAGUAGCAGUAGCGGAGAUGAUAAGCUUCGAAGGAAUAAAGUAGCUUCUUCUAAGGUAAAAGAGAGGCUGAAACAUAGGCAAUCAUGCAAGGGAAAGCAGAAGCAUGAAGAUAGGAGUCCAAGUUGUACUUCAAUCGGUAGGGGGGGUGACCCCAGUUUUAGUGUAGGUGGCAGUGACCGGGAACAUUUUCCUGUCGACAACUCUAGACGCCUGAGGUCAGUUAUCACUUUUGCUGAUCAACCCCACGAUGAAGAUGAGAGUAGAUGGGAGAUGGAUCCUCAUAAAGAAGAGAUUGUGUAUGAUGAAUAUGAUUAUCCUUCUCCAAGGAGUAUCGACAGUAAUGAAGGGGGAAGUAAGAUGGAGGCUGGUGACCAAACGAUUGUUUCAUUCAGUGACAGGAUAUGCCUAGAAAAUGUUGCUGGUGACAAAGCAUGCGAACUGGGAAAAUCUGGAAUAGAUGAUGGUGAUCAUCAUCAGUCAGAAGGAUGCAUAAAUAAAUCUGAGGAGAAAGAGAUUGAUACAUCUGUUCUUGUUGCUGCUUUGGGAGGGGAUGAUCUGGAGUCAAUUCUGAGGCAGAAAGCCUUGGAAAAUUUGAGGAAGUUUCACAGGAUGCCCCAAACUCGUCCAAGGAGCAAUAUGGUGGGGAUAGAUAAUGAGAGUAAUGUGGCCACACUUUCCAAUAGAACAGUUGAUAUCGGUGAGAACGUUCCAAUAGAGCAUGGUAUCUCUGAUUAUCAAGAAAUGAAUAAGAGAAAUGGGCUCCUAGCAAUGCAAAGAGAAAUUGUGAAGCUCCCGGAUAGUGAACACGUUGAGGAGAAACCCCAAAUGGCUAAUCCAAGCAUCACCCCUCCAUGCAAUGCAUCAGCGCUCGUAGAAUGUUCAAAGGGAGAUAAGAAUUCCCAUUCUCCAGCUGCUGAGGCGAAAGCUGAAUCAGGGAACGACGUUAGUCCUGGAGCUGGAGUUACUAAAGCAAGUUCUUCUAAUGCUGAGCCGAUUUCUGGGGAGCAUAUCUCAGGACAAACAAAGGGCAGUUCUGAAUUUGAGCAGAAGACAAUGACAGUGAUGAGGGGAGGCAAACUCGUACAGGUGAGUUAUAAGGUGUACAUCCCAAAAAAGGCCCCUGCUCUAGCCAGGAGGCAACUCAAGCGGUAAGGAAAGGAAAGGAGAAGUGGAUUUUGGAUUAGAAUGACAUUCAAAAGAGAUUCCUGUGUCUGCUUGAAAGCAGUGUGUGACAUUCAUUUCGAAUUAUCUGAACAAAUAAAUAGUUUCAGCAAGUAUUUGGUGUUUUCUAUUGGUCAA